CACUAUCCUCAAACCUCAAACACUGUCUCUCGCAUCACGCAAAACUGACCGUCGGAUCUUCCGACCACAGAUUCCUGCUGGUGUUGCGGUGCACCCAAGCACAACGUAUAACUGCCCCAAAACUGGGAUUUAAAGAAGGCUCUGCUUCUGACCAUUGCUUCUUGUUCUGUCAAAGUAACAAAGCCCUGCAAUGGCGAAACCGAUGGCCAUCGAAGUGUACAACCCCAAUGGCAAGUACAGAGUCAUCAGCACGAAACCCAUGCCGGGCACUCGCUGGAUCAAUCUCUUGAUCGAGCAAGACUGUCGCCUCGAGAUAUGCCAUCAAAAGAAGACGAUCUUGUCCGUUGAGGAUAUCGUGUCCCUGAUCGGAAACAAGUGUGAUGGUGUCAUCGGACAGUUAACGGAAGAUUGGGGGGAGACUCUGUUUGCCGCUCUGAGCGGAGCUGGAGGGAAGGCUUUCAGUAAUAUGGCCGUCGGUUAUAACAACGUCGACGUAGAUGCUGCCAACAAGUACGGAAUCGCUGUCGGUAACACUCCGGGGGUGCUGACAGAAACCACGGCCGAGCUUGCGGCUUCGCUCUCUCUGGCCGCCGCAAGAAGAAUAGUGGAAGCUGAUGAGUUCAUGAGGGCCGGGUUAUACGAUGGAGAUGGAUGGCUCCCCCAUCUGUUCGUGGGGAACUUGCUUAAAGGACAGACUGUUGGAGUGAUUGGAGCUGGCCGUAUCGGAUCUGCUUAUGCCAGAAUGAUGGUCGAAGGGUUCAAAAUGAAUUUGAUUUACUACGAUCUCUACCAAGCCACUCGUCUAGAGAAGUUUGUGACCGCGUACGGAGAAUUCUUGAAAGCAAACGGGGAACAAGCAGUGACAUGGAAACGAGCAUCAUCCAUGGAGGAGGUCCUGCAGGAAGCUGAUGUGAUAAGCCUGCACCCAGUGCUGGACAAAACCACAUACCAUCUUGUCAACAAGGAGAGGCUUGCCUUGAUGAAAAAGGAAGCAAUCCUUGUGAACUGCAGCAGAGGGCCUGUGAUCGAUGAAGCAGCUCUUGUUGAACACCUUAAACAAAACUCAAUGUUCCGAGUUGGUCUUGACGUGUUCGAGGAAGAGCCAUUCAUGAAACCAGGGCUGGCUGACAUGAAGAACGCCAUCGUCGUUCCUCACAUUGCUUCUGCAUCAAAGUGGACACGCGAAGGAAUGGCUACGCUGGCUGCUCUCAACGUCCUGGGAGGGAUAAAAGGGUAUCCGAUAUGGGGAGAUCCGAACAGAGCGGAUCCCUUCUUGAACGAAAACGACGCGCCUCCUCCAGCCUGCCCCAGCAUUGUUAACUCUAAAGCCUUGGGACUUUCCAGUUGCUAAGCUCUGAUGAAAAAGCACGCGGGAUGCUUGAGUUUUUUACUUUCCACAUGUCACUUUAUACAGUUUCUUUGUUUGUUUAACGUAAGAUCAGAUGCUCGCAUGA